GACCUUGGACAACACGUGUGCGAGAGCUAUGAUCCAUAAGCCAUCUUGUGCGACUGCGUUGCAUUUGAAUGUUUUCACGGAUUUUCUUUUCGAUUCGAGAUGCAUUUAAAAUUGUACGUAAUAGCAGCGGUAUGCGAAGACUUGGGUAUCGGUAUGAAUGGAAAUUUGCCGUGGAAUUUGAAGACUGAAAUGGCAUUUUUUACACGCAUGACGUCAAAGACGAGUAAUGAAAAGAAAAAAAAUGUGGUACUAAUGGGUAGAAAAACCUGGGAUUCUAUACCGCCAAAAUAUAAACCCUUGCGGAAUCGUAUCAACGUGGUUUUGACGAGACAAUCUCUAAACUUUGGUAGCGGAACGAUUCCCUGCAAAAAUAUUUCAGACGCACUCGACGUUAUAUCUCGACCACCCUUGUGCGAAGAAGUGGAAAAAAUAUGGGUCAUAGGAGGAAGUUCCGUUUAUAAAGAAGUCUUAGAAUUACCAAAUUUUUAUCGUCUGUAUCUCACGAGAAUAAAGAAACGUUUCGAUUGCGACACAUUUUUCCCAGAACUUUCGACCGAUCUCGUACCAGUCAAGGAUCCCAAUGUACCGGAUGGAAUUCAGGAGGAAAAUGGAAUUCGGUUCGAGUACACGGUUUACGAGAGGAAAUGAAAUAAAAGUUUGUAUGAACGAAGAACAUUGGUAUACGUACUAUCGUUUUUAAUGAAAUCUGAUGUAACGAAAAUUACAAAGAAAAGCAAAAAAAAA